AUGCCUCCACAACAAAACGAGAAUGGGCAUAGGCAGAUGCCGUUGGCUGAAUCUGAUAGGCGUCAAUCGAGGUUGGAGGAUAUUCGAGAAGAUUUGCAUUCGUUAUUUUCGGGACGACCAAGCGUUGCGGCAAGAAGUCCUUCCCCAGAAAGCCCAAAAGCUCCACGAUUGGUUGGCCUUGAUAAUCUGCCAUCGACUCGAAUCCAUAUUCCGGGCCUUACUAUAAGUCAAAGUUCGACACGCCGAAACUCUACCGCUGCUGAACCAACUUUACCUCGACAUGAAGAAACUUCCUUACCGCUUGUCGCCUCUCGUUCCGCUAGUAGAAUCUCACAAUCCAUGCAACUUCCUGCGGUUUCGUCUCCCAUUUCAACAAUUCCACCAGGAGUACAAAGACGAUCGGAUCUCACUAUCUUCUUUUGUCAUUCACUUAUACGCCUCUGCAUGAUGGUCAUAAGUCCACCAAUAGAGGGAGAAAGAGAUCCACAACGUCUUCCGUCAAUGGUUGGGCCUGGAGGUUAUGCAGAAACCUCAGUACCAAUAAGGGUAGCUCUGGCAAGGGAUGAGGAAGCGGCAGGUAUUGAAAGCCAAGCUACAAAAGUUCCACCUCCAGCUUAUGGAUUAUGGCGCGAGUCGGUGAGGGUGGAUCCAAAUAGGAUUUUUUGGCAAAGAAAUGAAGCAGCAUUAAAUCGGCCAAUUUCUCGAAUAUCCGAAAGAAGUUCGAUGGGUAACCGGCCUCCAUCAUACAUGUCUGAUGAUGGUAUCGAUUAUGUAAUUGAGGCAGCACCACGUUCAACGGUUUCUGGAGAAGAUAUAUCUCCUCGACAUCCAGCUGACCGAUCGGGACGGCAUCGUGUUUAA